AUGGAACUGACUGAUGAUCCCAUUGAGAACUCCCAGGACCAACUUGAUGCUGUGCCUCAGCAGCAGGAAGGAGAAGACAUCGAUAACUCCGACGACGAGGCACCCGCCGCGCCUGCAAGUGCACCACCAGUAGCGCCGCCGCCGCCGCCACCUGCACCGCCCGUGCCGCCGCCGGUCUCGCGAUCGGCGCCACCGCCUCCGCAGCCGCGGCCACAGAAGAGGGCACGACAUUCGUCGUCUGGAUCCGCUUUUGAGACCGGCAACCUGCUGUUUGCAAACACGGCGCAACGAAGCGUGCUCCGCUUGGUCCUAGAAGACAAAAAGAACGUGUUCUAUACCGGGUCCGCGGGGACCGGCAAGUCAUUCACCACCCGCCUCAUCAUCGAAGCGUUCCGAAAACAAUACGGAGACAAGUUUAAUCGGCGCGUCGCCGUCGUCGCGCCGACGGGCAUCGCUGCGGCGAACGUCGACGGCACGACGAUUCAUCGCGCGGCGGGCGUCGGCGUGCCCGGGCAGCUGCGGGAUUUCGGGCGCAUCUGGGAGAAGCGCGUGGACGUUCCCGGUUUGUCGCCCGACGAGAAGGCUCCCCUGCUCUGGAGAGAGCUCGAACAUCUGAUCAUCGACGAGCUGUCGAUGCUGUCGGGCGAGUUCUUGGAUCGGCUCGCUGCGGAGGUGCGCAAGAUGCGGGGCGACAGUAGGCCCUUUGGCGGGAUCCAGCUGAUCGCGUGCGGCGACCUCCUCCAGCUGCCGCCGAUCGAGAAUAGUUACGAGCCGGAUCAGGGCGUCGAGUUCGACGCCGAUAAUCCCGCGGACGUGACAAAUCAGCUGGGCCCCCUCUUCUGCGCCCGCGGUCGCUGCUUCGAGGCGCGAUGUUUCUGGGACGCGAGAUUCCACUACGUGAAGCUGACGGAGUGCUACCGCCAGGCGGACCGCGUCUUCAGCGGAAUUCUCGACAGAAUCCGCGUCGGCGACGCUUCUGAUCGCGAGGAGCUCAACGAGAACUGCCUACGACCGGCGGGUCCGGGCCUGACGUUAUUUCCACGCAACCGCGAGGCCGAUGCGCUGAACGACAGGAAGUUCAGAGCGCUGGAGGGCACUGCCGAGACCUGGGCCGCGACCGACGCCGUUUGCCUGUUUCAAGAGGCUGACAAAAUUUCGCGAGCGAACGCCGUCGAUAUCGUAUCCGACUGUUUCAAAGACUUCCUGGCGAUUGAUGAGGUACAGCUCAAGGUCGGGUGCCGCGUGCUAAUGCUCGCCAACGUCGACCCCAAAGCAUCGCUCUUCAACGGCGCCCAAGGCGAGGUCGUCCGCUGGGCGACGCCGGACGAGCUGUUUGCGCGCGCCAUAUCCGACGCGGAGACUCUCGCGGAAGAUUGCGAGGUCUGGAGGACGGUAGCUACGGCCCUCCGCGGCGGCAACGCGAAAGCCGCACAGGACGCUUUUUCGUGGCGGCGGCGGCCCGGGGCGUCAAUGAGUCAGAAUGUGGACGUGGCCCCGUUCACGCGCGAUGACUUGGGCGGCGAAGAGCCACGUGAAGCGUCGAGACCGCUGCGCGGCGGCGUGGCUCGUGGAUCGGCUGGUUGAGGGCGCUCGCGUGCCGGUCUGUCGCUUCGAGGGGCAAUCAGAGGUCAUUGUCACGGCGACGUUGUUCGAGCGGGAGGUUGCGGGUAUCGGCGUCGCGAGGCGGAGGCAGAUGCCCCUACGGCUCGCCUGGGCGCUGUCCGUCCACAAAUCUCAGGGCAUGGGAUUGAAACAGGUAAGGUUCGACCCUGCGAAGACCUUCGACGACGGCCAGGUGUACGUGGCGCUCUCGCGCGCGACGACAAUGGAGGGCCUCUCGCUCGUGUCUCGGGUUCUGCCGCGGCACCUGCGAUGCGAUAGCCGCGCGUUGCGCAUGAUUCGGUACCUCGAUAGCCUCCUUGCGGAUGGCGCCGCCGACGUCCAGCUGCCCGCGAAUCCGCCGGAGGAUCUCGUUAGGACUUGGGAGCAGCGGCCUCCGAAGAUCCGGAGACGGAGUUCUAUGGCGCGCGCGAUAGGGUCCUCGUUGUUUUAA